GUCACUGGGAGCUGCAGCAGCAGCAUCAGCAUCACCAGAAUGAGUAAGAGUGCGCAACUUGGAGAAAUAACUACACUGUCCGGAGGAGCGUGUUUGUGUGUCUGGAUGUGUGUGCUUGUCCGUUAACUGCGCGCCUCACGACGUAUCCAUGAGCGCGUAAAGGUGCCAAAAAACCGACACGGACUCUCUGUGGAGCUGCCACCGACUAAAAAAAAAGAAAAAAGGAGCCAUGGAUUAUAUACAGCACCACAACAUUCAUCUCUCCGUCGUCAUUUUGUUAAUGGGCUGCACCUGCAAUGCUUUUUUUGACAGGUUUCUGGAGGAGAACUUCUCAGAUCAGCUGUUUCCUCAUCACGUGGAAGAUGAUAGCCAAAUUACUUCGUGUGACUUUGAAUCGCCGUGCCUCUGGACUUUUUCAAAUACCAGCACCCAUAGUGACUGGUCCGUGGUGUCACCGCAGCAAUCAGAAAGCGUGAAGGCUGGGAUGCUGCCUGUGACGGACCACUCUUUGAGGAGCUCUGAUGGCCACUUCCUUCUCCUGAGCUUUUCACCUGCUGCCUCUGACGUGUCUGGGAGAUGUGAAUACCACUUAACCAGUCCGGUUUUGCCAGCAAGCAACAGGCAGUGCAUCCUGCGGGUUGCUCUAUACGAUGCCGGUCCAGCGGCGGGGAAUCUCACCGUCCUCAUCAAGCCGGUUCUCUCGGGUUUAGCUGUUCACUCUGAAGUUCUCCACAGCAGGAUAGGAGACCACCGCAGGGCAGAGUGGGAGGUUCUGGAGAGUGCGAUCGGCCUGGUGGACGAACCCUUUCAGGUGACGCUGCUCUACUCGUCCUGUGCAGGAGAAGAUGGAGUCACUGUGGCUCUGGACUCUCUGGAGUUCAUAGACUGUGAAUCAGAUCAUCAGGGCGUCGACCUGAGUGCAGCUUGUGAGGAAUCUUUCCACUGUGAAAACUCAGGAGGCUGCAUUGACCAGAGCCACGUAUGUGACUUCCACACAGACUGUCCUUUAGGAGAGGAUGAGGGCUUCACUUGUGAUGCUCUUCCCUUUGGCUCGUAUUGUUCCUUUGAAGGGGAUUCCUGUGGUUGGUCUGCGUCCAAUCAGCACUCGGGCUGGAGGAGGGUGGCUGGAGAUGAGCUUCUGGAAAGAGAUGACAUGCAGGGUGUCACUCUGCAGCGGACACCAGGGCACUUCUUGUUUCUGCAGGUAACAGAGAGUAAUUCUCUUCAAGAGGCGUCCAUUCAUAGCUCCUCUUUCCCUCGCCCAGUCUCUACUGCUGCCUGCCAGAUGCGUUUCUCUCUGUACCUAUAUGGAGACUUCAACGGCUCGUUGCUCGUGGCUAUAGAGGAGAAUGGGACCAGCACUGCACCACUGGUCUGGGAGAGAAAUGGGCAGUGGAUGGAUGACUGGGAAGCUGUUGCCCUGCAGCUGACUGGCCUUCAACAUGGGUUCCAUGUUAAGGUAACAGCUGUGUGGGGUGAGGGCUCCAGUGCUGAUGUGGCUCUUGAUGAUAUUGCAAUUGGAGCAGCGUGCUUUAACACAGAUCUCAACUCCCUGCUGCCCAUGGCCGACUUGGAGGAUUUCUUAAGUCCUCUCCCGGAGCCUUCGGCCUCAGAAGUUUCCCUCAUGACAUGGUGGUUUAACUCGUGCGGUGCCAGUGGACCUCAUGGUCCGACCCAAGCCCAGUGUGACAGUACCUACAGGAACAUAAAUGUCAGUGUUACUGUGGGGAAGGAAGGCCCUUUGAAGGGAGUCCAAAUGUGGAGGGUGCCAGCAACUAACAGAUACCUGAUCUCUGCUUACGGUGCUGCAGGAGGAAAAGGAGCCAAAAACCACAACAAACGCAACCACGGGGUCUUUAUAUCCGCUAUAUUUCCUUUGGAGAAAGGAGAUAUACUUUACAUCUUGGUGGGCCACCAGGGAGAGGACGCGUGCCCGGGGAGAAAUCCCUACACCCAGAAGAUCUGCCUGGGAGAGUCGUCUGUGAUUGAAGGCAACGUUCGGGUGGAGGCUGGUGCAGACUGGGCAGGAGGAGGAGGCGGAGGAGGGGGAGCCACUUACAUCUUUAAGAUGGAUGGUGGCGAGCUGGUUCCUUUGCUGAUUGCAGCUGGUGGUGGAGGAAACGCCUACCUGGAGGACCCAGAGUCCAGUCCGGACCACAUCCCACUGGAGCAGUAUGAAAACAGCACCGUAGCUGCCAGUACCAAUGGUCAAACUGGGGCAGCAGGUGGAGGUGGCGGCUGGAAAGAUGCUCCCAGUCCUCACCUGAUGGCUGGCAAGUCCCUGGUGGAAGGUGCAGAGGGAGGUUCUUCAUGUCCGCUGGCCCUGUCUAAGCUCAGCUGGUCGACCUAUGGAGGUUUUGGAGGUGGAGGUGGAGCCUGCACAGCUGGAGGUGGUGGAGGAGGAUACAGAGGAGGCGACGCUGCACUGACAGAUGAGAUCACAGCCGACGGUCAGAAUGGAAUUUCAUUCAUCCAUCCGAUGGGAGAGAUUUUCCUGCAGCCUCUGGCAGCCAUGGAGAGUCAUGGGGAAUGUGAGAUCAAGGUGCAGCUGAACUGCAGCCACUGUCAGACACAGAGCUGCAAACGAGAAGAAGAAACUCACUUUAUCCUGUGUCUGUGUGACGAUGAUGAAGUCCUGGCCAGUGACAACGUGACAUGUAUUGGUACCGUAGCAGCUCCUCAAGGCGUCGCUCCACAGGGCCAGAUGUCGACGUCGCUGAUCCUGGCUGUCGUGGUCUCUACCAUUGCGAGCGGCCUUGCACUUGUGUGCGCCAGCGUCAUCCUCAUGUGGUAUCGCAGGAAGAACGACCUGCAUGCAGUGAGGGGCCGUCUGCAGAGUCCAGAGUACAAGCUGAGCAAGAUCCGCUCCUCCACCAUCAUGACGGACUACAACCCAAACUACUGCUUUGCUGGGAAGGCUGCGUCACUCAGUGAACUGAAGGAAGUGCCACGCAAGAACAUCACGCUUCUCAGGGCUCUCGGCCACGGCGCAUUCGGUGAGGUCUACGAAGGUCAAGUUCUGGGGAUGAGUGGCGAUGGCGGUCCUAUGCAGGUGGCCAUAAAGACUCUUCCAGAAAUCUGCUCUGAACAGGAUGAAAUGGAUUUCCUGAUGGAGGCACUGAUUAUGAGCAAGUUCAGCCAUGAAAACAUUGUGCGCUGCAUCGGCGUCAGUCUGAACAUCCUGCCGCGCUUCAUUCUGCUGGAGCUGAUGACCGGAGGAGACAUGAAGAGCUUCCUGAGACAGAACCGGCCGCGAGCCGCUCAGAACUCUUCACUCACCAUGCGGGAGCUGCUGCGGAUGGCCAGAGACAUCGCCUGUGGCUGCCGUUACCUGGAGGAGAACCACUUUAUACACAGAGACAUUGCUGCCAGAAACUGCCUGCUUACCUGCCCUGGACUGGACAGAGUGGCUAAGAUCGGAGACUUCGGCAUGGCACGAGACAUUUACAGAGCCAGCUAUUAUAGGAAAGGUGGUCGUGCCAUGCUGCCAGUCAAAUGGAUGCCACCUGAGGCCUUCAUGGAGGGAAUCUUCACCUGCAAGACUGAUACAUGGUCGUUUGGAGUGCUGCUUUGGGAAAUCUUCUCUCUGGGUUAUAUGCCAUAUCCUUGUAAAACUAAUCAGGAGGUCCUGGAGUUUGUCACCAGCGGAGGCAGGAUGGAUCCUCCUAAGUGCUGCCCAGGGCCUGUCUAUCGGAUCAUGACCCAGUGUUGGCAGCACUGCCCCGAGCACCGACCCAACUUCUCCACCAUCUUGGAGAGAAUCAACUACUGUACUCAGGAUCCAGAUGUGAUCAACACACCCUUACCUGUUGAAUAUGGCCCUAACACAGAAGACGAUGGCGGCACAGUGAUCCGGCCUAGUGACCCCACCUCCACCAGCCUCACUCCACUCUUGGUGUCACACCCUGUUUCCCAAGAUUUGCCCUCCCAGUUCGGUCUCUCCUCCAUUGGUCUGGGUCCCACCCCUCACACCCCACAACCCACCAAGCCACGUCUGCUCCUGCAGAGAACCCAACCUGUCCACCAUGAAGUGGCAUCAUGUCGCGAGGCACUGGAGCCGUCCUGGGCUGAGCCUGUUCCUGCACCCGGUUCGUCAGUCGGAAGCAACUGGCUCCAUCCUGAACCUCCUCAUCACCAACCUUGCUCCAGAAACAGCUCCUCCUCAGGGAGCCAGAGGCUGAAGAACAAGACAAAGAACCUUUGGAACCCCACAUAUGGCUCAUGGGUCUUGGAAAACUUCAGGGGGAAGAAAACACUGGCUCACACUCAGUCCAUGCCACUCUCGAGCUCCUCCUCCAACACACAGACCUGCAACCCAACUUCAGAGAGCAACGAGGCUGGGUGUGACACCAGCAGCAGCGCCUACCUCAGCCCUUCGAACCCCUGCACUUCAUCGACUCCGUCUCCUUCCUGCCAGGCCGCAGCUGCGACAAGUAUGUCCUCCCAUAAGACCCCGGCAGGUGUAGCCACAAAAGCGAGUAUAGACCUGGUUAAACUCCAGAGUUUCCCCUGUGGCAACGUCAACUAUGCCUAUGAUGAGCAAAGCUACGAGGCAGAGAAUCUGCCCUUGGUUAUGCCCAAAGCUCCAGAAGCCAUCACAACCACCAGCUCCGCCCAGAGUGUCUCCUCAGGGACUAGUCUGGCGCUGGCAUUAGGCCUCCAUAGCUCCUCAUCUUGUAUGCCCAAGCUGCUGCUGAAGCGUCACGCCAGCUACGGACACGAGGACGUGAGGAGACAUACCAAAGCUGAGAAACCCACACGCGACCGCGACUCGGGCUUUUCUCUGUCUGAAGACCUCAGCGUUACCCCAAUCUAAGAAACAGCUCACUGGAACAGGAAUUUCAAUUCAUAUAAAAAUGUCACCUGAGUCCCUUUUCUAACGAACUGAAACUCAAGCUCUGGAUUUCUAGGACAAAAGCAUGGCCCACCACGGUCAAAGAACCACAAAAUCAAGAUAUUACAGUUCUUGGUAUGCUGGAAAACACACGGGAACACUCACAUUUACACAAACACUCCUCUGCACUGUGACACAAAGAGCUAAAGCUGGACUCAGAGCCCUGUCCUGGGCUACUGGUAAACUGGUAGCUGAACACUGAAUCUUUGUCCACUCUGCUGGUGAUGGUUACCAGAAAUAACUGCUGUAGAUGGACUCCUUUUUUUAAUUUUUAGCUACUUUUUGUUUUUUGGCCGUAUUUGUUUAAUGAAAGCUUUGGCAGAAUUAUAGUGGAAUUUGUAGUAUUCAGUGUGACCAAAAUAGGCCAAAAAUGUUGAGGCAUUGGGAAGAGAAGUAUUCAUUUCAACAGUGCGAAAGAAGCAUAAGCUUCAAUAAAGUAGGUUUACCUUCUUUCGGUGCCAUUAGACAGUAUUAUGGAAUUAUAAGUGUUUAAUUUAUAAUUACACUCGUGGACAAAAUUGUUGGUACCCCUCGGUUAAUGAAAGAAAAACCCACAAUGGUCACAGAAAUAAUUUGAAUCUGACAGAAGUAACAAUAAAUAAAAAUUCUAUGAAAAUUAACCAGUGAAAAUCAGACAUUGCUUUUGAACUGUGGUUCAACAGAAUUAUUUUUAAAAAUAAACUCAUGCAACAGGCCUGGACAAAAAUUAUGGUACCCUUAACUUAAUAUUUUGUUGCACAACCUUUUGAGACAUUCACCGCAAUCAAACCAUUUCUGUAACUGUCAAUGAUACUUCUGCACCUCUCAGCAGGUAUUCUGGUCCACUCCUCAUUAGCAGACUGCUCCAGUUGUCUCAGGUUUGGCAUGUUUCAGCUCCUUCCACAGAUGUUCAAUAGGAUUUAGAUCAGGGCUCAUAGAAGUCCACUUCAGAAUAGUCCAAUGUUUUCCUCUUAGCCAUUCUUGGGUGUUUUUAGCUGUGUGUUUUGGAUCAUUAUCAUGUUGCAAGACCCAUGACCUGUGACUGAGACCAAGCUUUCUGACACUGGGCAGCACAUUUCUCUCUAGAAUACCUUGAUAGUCAUGAGAUUUCAUAGUACCCUGCACAGAUUCAAGACACCCUGUACCAGAUGCAGCAAAGCAGCCCCAGAACAUAACAGAACCUCCUCCAUGUUUCACAGUAGGGACAGUGUUCUUUUCUUCAUAUGCUUCAUUUUUGCGUCUGUGAACAUAGAGCUGAUGUGCCUUGCAGAAAAGUUCCAGUUUUGUCUCAUCUGUCCAUAGGACAUUCUCCCAGAAGCUUUGUGGCUUGUCAACAUGCAGUUUGGCAAAUUCCAGUCUGGCUUUUUUAUGAUUUGUUUUCAACAAUGGUGUCCUCCUUGGUCGUCUCCCAUGAAGUCCACUUUGGCUCAAACGACGGAUGGUGUGAUCUGACACUGAUGUAUCUUGUCCUUGGAGUUCACCUUUAAUGUCUUUAGAGGUUGUUCUGGGCUCUUUUGUUACCGUUCAUAUUAUCCAUCUCUUCCAUUUAUCAUCGGUUUUCCUCCUGUGGCCACGUCCAGGGAGGUUGGCUACAGUCCCAUUGAUCUUAAAUUUCUGAAUAAUAUGUACAACUGUAGUCACAGGAACAUCAAGCUGCUUGGAGAUGGUCUUAUAGCCUUUACCUUUAACAUGCUUGUCUAUAAUUUUCUUUCUGAUCUCCUGAGACAACUCUCUCCUUUGCUUCCUCUGGUCCAUGUUUAGUGUGGUACACACCAUGUCACCAAACAGCACAGUGACUACUGUAACCCUAUAAAUAGGCUGACUGACUGAUUACAAGUUUGUAGACACCUGUGAUGCUAAUUAGAGGACACACCUUGAUUGAACAUGUCCCUAUGGUCACAUUAUUUUCAGUCUUUUCUAGGGGUACCAUCAUUUUUGUCCAGGCCUGUUUCAUGAGUUUAUUUUUAAAAUAAUUCUGUUAAACCACGGUUCAAAAGCAAUUUCUGAUUUUCAUUGGUUAAUUUUCAUAGAAUUUUUAUUUAUUAUUACUUUUGUCAGAUUCACAUUAUUUCUGUGACCAUUGUGGGUUUUUCUUUCAUUAAACGAGGGGUACCAACAAUAUUGUCCGUGUGUAUAUACUUGCUUUAGGACCCUCUAGUUCUAGCUGCUACCUUAAAGUGACUCUGAUUCACUUUCACCCCCAUAUAAUGUGAAAACCUUACAAAAUUCCCUCAAAACUACUGCAAUAAUAUGUAUUUCAUGUAUUUUCUAACAUGUCAAAAUUACUAAAGCUGUAGAGCACUCGUAGGUGCAUCGUGUUACCACUGGACAGAGACCAGCUAACUGCUUCCUGUUUUCAGUCUUUGUGCUAAACUAACAGAAUACAGGUUUACAUUAGACAUGAGUGGUAUCAAAUGUCUCUUCCAACAAGAAAUGUUGCCUAAAAUGUUGAACUGUUCCUGUACUACUUGUCACUUGAAAUCUUUAGCUGAAUGUUGGAAUUAUUGUGGCACACUAUGUAAGUCUUGAUUUGACUUGUUUUGGAUUUAGUCUCUUCCCCGAUGUCCCAAUAUUUACUUGGUCUGCAGGCGGUCUUAUAAAUGUUUCAACGUAUAGAAUAUGAUGAGCAGCUGGUAAAAUAUUUACUAUUUUUGUAUUCGCUUCCCUACACUGGACUAACCCAUUGCAUUUGUAGCUGUUUUUUUUUUUUGGACAUUUGUAUUCUUUUUGUUUAUGAUGAAACUGUACUUGUAGUCUAUCACUGCCAUUAGAUACUACUACCCUGCAUUGAUCGAUGUAGUGCUGGUAGUACCUACAUUUACUCAGCAGGGGGAGGUAUUCAGCUUUGAAAUACCAAACAAGUUGCUGCAGUUAUCUCAGUCUUAUAUGAAUACUCAGAUUUAAAAAUGUGGAAAUCUCUAUUCGGUAUUUAUGUUUUCAGGUUAUUCUUAUUUAACCAGUGCAGUAGUUGAUGUUGUUUUAUUUGGAGCCUACACAUGGUAAUAGUAUGUUUUUGAAUAUGUUGAUUAAGUAGGUACAUUUAUCUGAAAAUCCUAUGCGCUUGCUGUAUGUUUUAUGCUCAAGCCUGCUGAUAUGUCUUUAUUUUAGUUGCUCAACUGUGCACUUGAGAACAACAUCUCUAAGAAAAGGUAACUUACCAAAAAGCUCAUAGUUUUCUAAAGAUUGUGCCAUUUAGAAAUUCUGAUCACUGUUAAAUAUUUUUACAUAGAGGGGGGAAAUGACCCUCGUUCUAGUUAUAGUGUAUAUUUCUUAAGUCCUGGUGCAAUUAAAUUCACACCGAUUUAGAUCUUUUUUCAGUUUUUUUUCUGUAGCUGAGGAUUCCUCAAACAAAAGUGCGAAGACAUUCUAUGCAAAUACACUGUCUUUCAUCUAACCUAACUGUACCCCAAAUAAAUCCACAUAUGUCGA